UUUCAACCAUUCAGCACCUGCCAGAUCGUUUUUUGUGGGUUCCUAGCUUUUGAGAAAAUUCCUUAACAAUUCAGUCUUCAGUCUUCACCUAUUUGCUCUCAGCGUUUCACUCUCUACAAUGUGACUUCUUUUCCUCCAACCUUUUUCCUUGAUACCCAUCAUUCAAUAAGGUUUAUUUUCUUAAUACCUUAGAUAUUUACUUUUUUAACAAAGUUUUCUACUUUGAAUAAAAUUUCACUGUAUUGGGUUAGCUCUAAAUUUAGCUACCCUGAUAGCUUGCAUUGUGAAAAUUUGAUCUUGGGAGUAGUGUUUCCAUUGGAAUCUCCUACAUGGGUGAUAGAACAAUGGUGGUGUCUCCAAAUAGAGGUCAGGGGUCUCUGUAUAAUCUCACUUUUGAUGAGGUUCAGAGCCAUCUGGGAAAUAACAUAUGUAAACCUUUGAAUACUAUGAAUUUGGAUGAGUUACUAAGGAAUGUGAUGUCAGUGGAAGAAGGCCAGCUAGUGCAAAACACUUCUUCCUCAUCGUCCGCAUUUUUGUUUCUUAAGAAUUUAAAUUUGAAUGGAACUUUGAGGAAGAAGACGGUCGAUGAGUUAUGGAAGGAAAUUGUUCACAAACAGCAUGUGAAUGAGAUGGAAAAGGAACAAUCAACUCUUGGAGAAACAACUCUCGAGGAGUUUCUAAUUCGUGCUGGUGUUAUUAUUCCUCAGCCAAUAAUGGCAAUCGAUCCAAUGGUUAUGGUGUCUCAGCAAGCAGACUGGUUGCAAUUUCAAAUGGCAGCUGUGCAGCAACAACAUCAUCAUCAGCAGCAGCAGCAGCAACAGAUGACAGUUCUGGAUUCAAGUUUUAAUGUUUCUGAAUCAGUGUAUGAGAACCCAGUUGUGGAUGUUGGUUACUCUGAGAACCAAUUGGCUUUGUCGAUGCCAAUGCCAGCAAUAUCAUCAGCAUCUUCAGAUUCUCAUGUAGCUGCUGAAAGGAAGCGAAGAUGUUCAAAUGAGAUGAUGGAAAAGGCUAUUGAGAGGAGACAGAAGAGGAUGAUCAAGAACCGUGAGUCGGCUGCUAGGUCAAGGGCAAGGAAGCAGGCUUAUACCAUUGAGUUGGAGACUGCUGUGGUUAACCUAAGGGAAACAAAUAGCUUGAUCAAAAAGCGAAAGGAAGUGGAUAUACUCUUAUCUUCAAUUUCAACUCCCAUGCCCAAAUACCAAUUGCGACGGACUAGCUCGGUUUAAUUCUAGCAUCUUUUCUAUAUGCACAUUCUAUUCAUUCAUUAUCCAGCCUAUAAAUUUUCAUUUGCAUUGUUGAGACUGGUUUGAUGUUUCAUAAGGAGGAACUUAUUAGUUGGUGUAUAGGCUUUUGAGUUUUGAAGAAAACCACACAUCAAUAAU